AUGACCAGUCUUGAAAUAGAAGUAUCAAAUGCUUCUAAUAAACGAAUACAAGACAAUAUCAAUUACUUUGACAUACAAUCGCUUCAACCGAAUGAUGAUAACAUAAAUAAUAAUAAUACCGAUAUCAAUGUUUCCAAAGAAAUUCCUGAAAUUGUUAAACUUAUCAAAGAUUUAAAAAAUAAAAUUAAAGAAAUAAAAGAACAAAUCAGUGAUACCGUGAAAAAAGCUAGUGAUCACCAGUUGAAGAUCAAUGAUGGUGUAUCAUUACUUGAUAUCAAAUAUCAAACACUUCUUCAAUAUAUUACAAAUUUAUGUUUUGUAAUUCACUUGAAAUUAAGUGGAAAAUCAAUAAUUGGACAUCCCGUAAUAACAAAUUUAGUAGAAUUGAGAAUUGUUUUAGAAAAGAUUAAACCAGUUGAACAAAAAUUAAAAUAUCAAACGGAUAAAUUAAUUAGAGCUGCUACUAUGGAAAAUCAUAAUGAAGAGAAUAAAUUUAAUGAUAAUAUGACAACAAAUUCUAUGACUGAUCCUCUAUCAUUUAAACCUAAUCCGCAAAAUUUGGUGUCAGAUUUUUAUGAAAAUAAUGUAAAAGAAAAUGAUGUCAAAAAACCUGGAAUAUAUAAGGCACCAAAAUUGGCACCUGUACAUUUUGAUGAGGGAGGUUCUCGUUCUAAAGAAGAAAAAGAAAAAUCUCGUAAUUUGGCAAGAGCUUCAAAAUCUCGUAUAAUGAAAGAUCUUAUGAUUGAAUAUGAUGAUAGACCAGAAGAAGUAGAUAUCAUUGGUGCAAAUGAAGCCACCAUAAUUGAUGAAAAAUUGGAAAAGAAUUUUGCUAAACGUAAUCAAUUUGAAGAGGAGAAUUUUAUUAGAUUGCCAAUCUUGGCGACUAUACAAAAUGAUGUCGAGGAAGAAGAAUCAAGUAAUGUUCUUGCCAGAAGAAAUGCUCGAAAAGAAAAUUAUCGUCGAAAUUCAGAUGAUGACGACAAAAGAGCGUCUGCAUCAAAAUUGGGUAAUGAAAACCUGAGAAGUAGAAAUAAUAAGGAAUUAUUUAAUGGUCUAAUAAGUAAUUCAUCACAGAACAAAAAAAGGAAAACAAAAUUUCAAACUGCAAAGAAAAACAUGAAGAAACACAAACGGAAAUGA